CCAACCUCAACUUCUAAAUCUACUGACUACUGGCUGUCAAGUUCGGUUUUAAACCGUAGAAUAUUACAUAAUUAUUUACUAAUAUCCCGAUGAAAACAGCCAUGAUCAAAUUUCGGGCACCGUGUUCUACAGGAAUUAACCUCCUAAACAAUGCUAAACACUUAAAUGGUAAUUUUAGUAGUAUUUUAUGCAGACAUGCCUCUGAGUCGGUUCAGCCCCAAUCCCAAUCGGCAUGUCAGCCCCAAAAACCGUUGCCUGAAUCGCAGCCUCCACCAAAGAAAUAUUCUCCAUUUCAAAAUAUUAACAGCAAGGCAGAAUAUGUUUUGGCUCGUUUAGAUGACUUAUUCAAUUGGGCUAGAAAAAGUUCAUUUUGGCCAAUGACAUUCGGUCUUGCCUGCUGUGCCGUAGAAAUGAUGCACAUAGCAGCCCCAAGAUAUGAUAUGGACAGGUUUGGGAUUGUCUUUCGUGCUUCUCCCAGACAAGCUGACGUUAUGAUUGUGGCUGGUACAUUAACAAAUAAAAUGGCACCUGCCUUGAGGAAAGUUUAUGAUCAAAUGCCUGAACCACGAUGGGUUAUUUCAAUGGGAAGCUGUGCAAAUGGGGGAGGGUAUUACCACUAUUCAUAUUCUGUAGUAAGAGGGUGUGAUCGAAUAGUACCUGUUGAUAUUUAUGUACCUGGAUGCCCACCACCAGCCGAAGCUCUGUUAUAUGGUCUCUUACAACUGCAAAGGAAAGUAAAAAGAAUAAAUACAAUACAAAUGUGGUAUAGAAAAUAAAUUAUUUUUAGUAAAGAAAUGUUAACUUUUUCCUUUAUAAUGUAAAAUUUCUUGUUGCUGUAAUAUACCCUAUUUAUUGCUCUUACUUUAAA